UUUAUAGUUGGUCGGUAAAAAGUGCCUCAAUAGUUUGACGUGACAUCAGUCAAAACGUCGGUCGUACAUGUGGGCGUAGCUGUCAAAAGAGUCUGUGUAUACAUCAGUGUGUGUGUGUGUUUGCCGGUCGGGCCUGAAAAUAUAUUAACGAAAUACGUGUUUUUUGCUUGUCUAGCCAUUACUUCUAAAAUUAUAAACUGAAAUUGCUGUUUUGUCUCUACAUCUGGAAGAUAAUUGGUUGCAAUCAUCCUCUAAGGACCUGCAGGUAUUACUUACUUGCCCUGAAGAUUUCAAAAAGGACCUGGCCGGAUGGUGAAGGUCCACGACGACGAGGCGAUGCGCGCUGAGGCCUCCUCGGCCGCCGAGCCGCCGCCGGCCGCCGCCGCCAGCAGGAACGGCAAGCCGCCGCCGCCCCCGCACCAUCACCACCUGCACCACCACCACUUGCACCACCACCUGCGGCCGCCCCUGCUGCCCGGCGGCGUGGUGCACCGCCACUGGGCGCUGCCCGCCGCCGCCGACGCCGCCUCCGGCCCGCCCCCGGCGCCCGCCUUUCACUUCGGGCCCGGCUUCGAGCCGCCGCCGCCGGCCUUCCCGCCCGACCAGCAGGACGCGCCGCACGUGGUGCACUUCCACGUGGACCCGGGCGUCACCGUCAGCUUCCAGAGGGGCGACCAGCUGCAGCUCGUCAAAGGGCCGGUGACGGUGCCCAUGGUGUCGUCCAACUCGUCGCCGCCCAUGGCCAUGCCAGUGCAGGUGCCGCCCGGCCACAUGGUGCAGCAGGUGGUGGACGAGAACGGCACCCUGCGCCACGUCAUCCUGUCGCACCAGCACAUCAUGCCGCUGCCGCCGCCGCCCUACGGCCCGGGAGCCGGCUCCAGCCAGCCCGGGCAGCAGUUCUACGCCACGCAGGGCAUCAUGCCGGGCUUCCCCCCGCACUUCGGCCACGGCGGGGCCAUGCAGCCGGGCGUGAUGGGCCACGCGCCCAGCCCCGGCGCCCCGCAAGGCCACUCCCCUCCGCCGCACACCUUCCACAAGGACGAGCGCACGCACCGCCAGUACAUCAAGCUGAAGCGCAAGCUGGAGCAGAAGCAGCGCGGGGACGGCUUCGGGGGCGGCUCCCAGGGCAGCACGCCGCCCUUCUCGCCGCCUAAAGAGAUGGUGAACGGCCUGCGCCGCGGCAAGGAGCGGGGGGCGGACGAGGGGGAGGAGGGCAGCAGCCUGCAGGACGAGGAGGAGGACGAGGCCCAGCUCGUGGCGGAGAUGCUGUCCACCGUCAAGCCGCCCCUGGUGGCGGAGCUGGGAUCGCGCACGGCGCUGCUGCAGUGGGGCCCGCCCGCGCUCGAGACCAAGCACCAGGAGCUGAUGGUGUCGGAGUGCGACCUGCGCUACGAGGUGCUGCUCAGCGACAAGGGCAAGGAGGGCCGCUACAAGUCCAUCUACAACGGCGUCGCCCUCUCCUGCAGGAUCCAGGACCUGCGGCCCGGCACGGAGUACUCGGUGUGCGUGCAGGCGCACCUGGAGGAAUUCCAGGGCGCGGCGUCGGAGCCGGCCACGUUCGCGACGGCGCCGUGCGAGCCGGACCCCCCGCAGCCGCCCAAGGUGGCGCAGCGUGGGCGCACCAGCCUGCAGCUGCGCUGGAACGCCCCCGUGGACAACGGCUCGCCCAUCGCCCAGUACGUGCUGGAGUGCGACGACGGGGGCGGCUGGGCCGAGGCCCACCGCACCAAGGGCAAGCAGCACAACCUGACCAAGCUGCGGCCCGGCGCCUGCUACAAGUUCCGCCUGGCUGCCGUCAACCAAUGCGGCCGCAGUGCGUUCUCGGACGCGGUGCUGACCUCGACGGCGGGGCUGCCCCCCGAGAUGCCCUCGCCGCCCGUGCUGAAGGAGGCGACGGUCACCAGCCUGCACCUGGCGUGGCAGAAGCGCCCCUCCGACGACGACUUCACGCUGCAGAUGGACGACAAGGUGUCGGGCCACGGCUUCCUGCCCGUGUACAACGGCAAGGAGGCGCACUACCGCCACCACGGCCUCCACAGGCACUCGGAGUACAAGUUCAGGCUGCGGGCGCACAACGAGGAGGGCUCCUCGCGCUGGUCCGACGAGGUGUGCUACCGCACGCUGCCUGACAAGCCGGCCACGCCAUCCCGCCCCGGCGUCAAGGGGCGCGUCCACGCCUACAACUUCAAGAUCAAGUGGGACCCGCCGUCCGACAAGGGGGGAGUCGACAUUGCGGCCUACAUCCUCGAGCUCGGCGGGAGCGGUGGUUUCAAGCCCGUGUACACGGGCCCCGACACGGAGUUCGUGUGCGACCGCCUGACCCCCGGCACGACGUACCAGCUGCGCGUGGCGUGCACGAGCGUGGGCGGCCGCAGCGACUACUCGGAGCCGUGCACGGUGACCACGGAGGCUGUCGCCCCGGGGCAGUGCGCCCCGCCCUGGGUCCAGGGCAAGCCCCGCGCCACCUCGCUCCUGCUCAAGUGGGGCUACCCGGAGUACGACGGAGGCGCCCCGCUGACUGAGUUCGAGGUGCAGAUGACGCGCCCGGAGGACGCCAGCGGCCAGCCGGUGUACUCGGGCAGGGACGCGGAGUGCUUGGUGACUGACCUCUCCCCCGGCCGGUCCUACCUGUUCCAAGUGCGGGCGGCCAACAGGAUCGGGGCGGGCCCGUGGUCCGUGCCGGUGGAGGUGGUGAGCGGGGCGGCGCCCCCCGACGCUCCCCCCGCGCCGCACGUGGCGUGCCGCUCCCCGCACCACGCCCUGGUGCAGUGGGAGGAGCCGGCGAGCAACGGAGCCCCCGUCCUCGACUACCGCCUGGAGAUGAGCACCUCCGAGAGCGAGGCGGACUUCUCCACCGUCUUCCACGGCCUGGCCCAGGCCCACGAGGUGAAGGGCCUCGCCCCGGCCACCGCCUACUUCUUCCGCGUCCAGGCCAGCAACAGCGCGGGCUGGAGCGCGCCGUCGCUCGCCGGCACGGCCGCCACGCCCGCGUCCCCCCCGGCGGCCGUGUCCCUGCCGCGCUGCGCGGCCACGUCCUCGUCGCUGGCGCUGAGCUGGCCCGAGCCCGCCUGCCACGGCGCCGACAUCCUGCACUACGUGGUGGACGCGGGCGAGCGGCUGAUGCAGACCCCGGGCCCCGCGCGCGAGUGCCGCCUGGAGGGUCUCCAGCCCGACACCACCUACAGGUUGCGCGUGCAAGCGGUGAACAGCGUGGGUCCGGGCCCCUUCUCGCCCGUGCUGCGCGCCACCACGCUCCGCACGCCCCCUCCGCCCCCGAGGCUGGAGCUCGUCAACGCCUACCACAACUACCUGAAGCUGAAGUGGGGGGACGGCAAGAACGCCGACUUCACCCGCUACGUCGUCGAGAUGGAGGGGCCCCGCUCUCGCGAAUUCCAGAUGGUCUACCAAGGAACCAGCCUGUCCUGCAAGGUGAAUCGGUUGCAGGAGUUGACGACCUACAGGUUCCGCGUCGCUGCCGUCAACGACGCCGGCCAAGGGGACUACAGCGACGUCCAGGAAUACGCCACUACCAUCACCCCUCCUCCCCCGCCAAAAGCGCCCAAGGUGACGGAGACGCAGCUCCGCGGCUGCAGCGUGGAGUGGGCGCCGUGCCGGCCGGUCGGAGGCGACGCCGUGCUGUACCAGGUGCAGCUGGCGCGCUGCCGGGACCAGGACUACCAGGUGGCGCAGACGUGCGACGAGCCAAGGGCCCAGCUGUCCGGCCUGGAGCCCGGCACGGACUACCUCGUGAGGGUGUGCCCCGUGCGCCGCGCGGCGAGCGGCCUGGUCGCCGGCGCAGCGUCCCCUUCCACCGCCUUCUGCACGGCGGCGGCCGCGUGUCCUGUGGCCAGCGCCGCGCCGAGGAGCUCCGUCUCCCAGGCGGCCGAGUGGAAGCCGCUGACGGACCAGCAGAAGGCUCUCAUCAUCCUGGCUGGCUUCACCGUGUUCGCCGUUCUUGUGGCGGCGAUCGUGCAGCACAUCCUUCCCGUGUCGUCGCGCUAGGGCGUCUCCCCGCCCCUCUUCUUCCAGGCUGCUUUCCAACCAGCGUACGCUUGCCUCGUGUUCAUCCCCCCUUCCCUUCUCUUCCUGCCCACACCGCAACUCAGAACAUACCAUUUUUCUAUACUUACUAUUUUAAAAGGUCUUGGAGUAAAGCGAGAGCUUGUGUCAGAUGUUUUUGUGGUGGUCACAAUUCUUCGUCUGUCAAUCGUUUUUCCAUCCCCUCCUUUUCGAAGGUCGAAGGAAUUUACUGUCGUCAAUUCUCGUGUGGCUUACCGGGGCUUUUGUGGAUGUGAUGUGUUUCUCGUGCUGUUCGGAAAGGGAGGGGGUUGGCCGCAAAGCUAGCCGUGUGUGCGUGCGGUCUUGACCGUGCUGGUGUUUUUAUAUGUGUGUGUGUGUUUGCUGUGCGAGGCGUGACUAGGGGGCAACGAACCGUGCAUUCAGGGUAUAUCUUAGCUGUUUUAAUUCGGACGUUUUGAGUCGCGAGGCGAACUUUGGUGUACGAUGGUGCCGCCGUCGAUCGAUGUGUUCCUGUAGGUGGUGACUGUCGCGGAGGAAUGUUACCGAUGUGGUUGUUUGCACGUGUUGUUCUGAUGCAUGUGGGAAUCGUGCAGAGAGGUGUUUUGUGUAUCUGUUCUUAUAUUACUGACCUUUAUAUUUUCUUGAAGAGCAUUUCAUUACUUUCUGGUGUUGCGUUUCUCAGUAUCGUGUACGCCAUUGUGCAGCAGGUGAUGUAUUCGGUGCUAAACCUUUCAUAAUGUGCAUUUAACCAAUAUUAUUGAUUGCCAGAAAAAUUUUAUUUUUAUUUUUACUGUUGUGCUUAAUGAUGGGACGUAGGGUAGCUUUAAGAAAAAUAUUACGUAAUGCAUGAGUUUGCUUCAAUGCCUUAUUUUUUGAUAGGAAAGUUUUGAAGCCAUUGCAGGUUGCAUUGCAUCGUUACGUAAAUGUUUGUUCCUGAAUAUACAAUAUUGAUGAGAAAAUGUUUGGUUGAACAACCACAGUUUUAUAUAUAUUGUAACAUUUAUUACUGUGUUAAGUGGAUUUUUGUACAGAAUUAAUCAGAUGUAUUAUGGUGUAAUAUUAUGAUGGUUACAGAGGUAUUAAAUUAUUUUGAAGUAAAUUCACAGUAGUUUAAUGGUUGAUUUUUUAUUAAUGUUGCAUAUAGAAUUUUUUAAUGGUUGGAAAGCAGAGUAUUUUAUGAAGGUAUUAUAAUAUGUUAAAAGUUUAAACAAUUAUUAUAUUUCAUCGAUUGUAUAAAUGUGAUGUCUACAGUGACUGAUGUGGACUAGGAGUUGUGUUAGCACCAGUAAUGAGCCAAAGUAUUUUGAAAAUGGCAAUGUGAGUGUCUGGACUGUCCAUUACGAAUUAAUUAUUUGUCUAAAGAGGGUUCUAGAUGUUCUUUUGGAAAAGAAUAUUGUUCUAACUCAAGUAAUCAAGAGUAAUAUAUACAUAUAUUACACAAAUUAUAUAACAGACUAUUAAAUAAAAUAAUAAAAAAAAUAUUUUAUGUAAGUGUAUCAGUGAUACUCGUUUUCAUUAAGUCAAUUUUUUCUGCGGUAUGAAAAUAAAAAAGAUUCAUAAAAAUGCUA